UGAGGCUGUCUGAAACCCUCCAGGGUUCUGAAUGUGUGUUACAUUUUUACAGAAGAGACAAGACUGUGGAUCACUCCCUGGAGUUUAGUGGAAAAAAUAGUUCAUGUCCAUCUCUCCCGGAGAGUGGAUGUCUGUUUCUCUCACUGUUUCGUCUUCCGCUGUAGUAGAUCAAAAAGCUCGCACGUACUCCGAGCGGCGGCAGAAACAAUUUAAUAGUACCAAGCAAGCCGCUGCGAUCGCAAAUGGAAAGAUAUUUAGAAAGUAGCCAUACGGACUGAGAGUCUGUUUGAUCUGUCUUUGGGUGACGGGGUGACUGACAUUAGCCUUCUAAUGCUUGUUUAUUCUUUUCUUGGUUUUUCAUUACCAGUGCUUGAAAAAAAAAAAAAAAAAAAAAAAACAACUGAUACGGAAAUGAAAUAUAAUGAGGAGUUUUACCGUGUGAGUUAAAGACGAAGGAAGAUACACAAAGUAAUAAUCUUUCCGAUGAAGAAGGGGGAGUGACUGAAACUGACCUCACAUCUCAGAUUUUCUGCCACAGAUUAAAGAAGUGCCGAGAAGAUGUAUCCGUUAUGAAAACCAACACGUUAGGAGACUUUCAAAUAUAUAAUAUUUCGAACACCUUUUUUUUUAUUUUAUUUUUUUUUAUUUUUUUGUAUUUAUUAAUACUGUUAUAUCUGAGACAUUUUAAGAAAGCAGAGAUCUAGGAUAUCGGUUUUUGUUGCAAGAUACUUUUUUGAAUGAGGAGUCACAUCUCUUUUGACUUUCUUGUAGCGGUGACUUAGUAGCCGCCUCCGUAAACCGGUUGCAAAGAGCACCCGAAGAGAAACAUUGUGAACAAAAGUAGCAUUUUCUCCGUGAGCGCUUUUGAUUUUUAUUCCUGCAUGAAAAGUCCUGCGGAAACUGUUGAGCGGCACUAUGACGAGGAGAAAGCAGCAAGUACCAAGGCGGUCUGCAGCAUAUGUGCCUGAGGAGGAGCUGAAGGCAGCAGAAAUUGAUGAGGAUGAUGGACUGUCUUUAGACGCCCAGGACAAUGAAUACAUAUGCAAUGAGGAAGAAGAAAUCAAGGAUGCGCCAAGCUAUCAAAACUCCCCCCUCAGUACCGUGACCAAUCAAGAUGCAGGGUACGGGUCUCCCCUUAGUGACACCAGUGACAGACUGGCAGACUUUAAGAGUAUUUCCUCAAAAGAUGGCCAUGACAAGGAGGAAGCCAUGGACAAUGGCCUCACCAUCCAAGACAGCUUAGCUCAAAUGAAAGCUGUCUAUGCAAAUUUGAUCUCUGAUUCCUCUUGGUCCAGUAUUACUGUGGAUAUAAUGAAAGCCAAGCCAGUGAGUGCCAGCACCAGCAGUAAUGGUAGCAGCCACAAUGGAAGCAACAACACAAGCAAUGGAGGAGGGUUAACCUAUGACUGGCAUCAAGCUGCUUUAGCCAAAACCUUGCAGCACACCCCUUAUAAUUUACUUCCUGAGCCAAGCCUAUUCAGUACAGUGCAGCUUUACAGGCAGAACAGUAAAUUGUAUGGAUCAGUGUUCACUGGCGCCAGUAAAUUUCGAUGCAAGGACUGCAGUGCAGCUUAUGACACACUUGUGGGGCUGACGGUACACAUGAACGAUACUGGCCAUUACCGGGAUGACAACAAAGACAAGGAGGCUGACGGCCGUAAGAAAUGGUCGAAGCCGAGAAAGCGGUCCUUGAUGGAGAUGGAAGGCAAGGAGGAUGCACAAAAAGUGCUAAAGUGCAUGUACUGCGGGCACUCCUUUGAGUCUUUGCAAGACCUGAGUGUACACAUGAUCAAAACAAAACAUUACCAGAAAGUGCCUCUUAAAGAACCAGUGCCAGCUCUCACCAAACUGGUUCCUUCUACCAAAAAACGAGCACUUCAAGACUUUGUCUCCCCCUGCUCUCCAGAGUCUGUAAGCAGCACACCAGGUGUCCCUGUGGGUGAGCCCACAAAAGAUCAGAAAACUGCAAACCCGUAUGUAACUCCCAACAACCGGUACGGCUAUCAGAAUGGUGCCAGUUAUACUUGGCAGUUUGAGGCCAGGAAGGCACAGAUACUGAAAUGCAUGGAGUGUGGAAGCUCCCAUGAUACUUUGCAGCAGCUUACAGCUCAUAUGAUGGUCACCGGCCAUUUCAUUAAGGUGACCAACUCAGCCUCUAAAAAGGGGAAACAGCUGGUCUUUGACCCAGUGGUAGAAGAAAAGAUUCAGUCCAUUCCUUUGCCACCCACUACUACACGGCUGCCGUUGCCCAAUAUCAAAUCACAGUCAGAUUCUCCAGCUCAUUCAUCAAAUUCUGAGGAAAGGAGAGAACCAGAAGAUGAACCAAUGGAAGUCAGGGAACCAGAGAAGAAAAUCAAAGAGGAGCCUGAUGAGAAGUUUGAGACAAACACGCCAUAUAAAUAUCUCCGUGAAGAGGACCUGGAAGAAACCCCAAAAGGUGGGCUAGAUAUCCUGAAAUCCCUGGAGAACACAGUCUCAAGUGCAAUCAGCAAGGCCCAAACUGGAGCCCCAACAUGGGGAGGGUAUCCUAGCAUUCAUGCAGCAUACCAGCUCCAAGGGUCAGUGAAGUCUGUCCAGUCCACAGUGCAGAGCGUCCAAGUGCAGCCCUCUUUCAAUAAUAACAUGAAAGCACUGUCCUCAGAACACACUGCACUGAUCCAUUCCCCUGGUAGCACAUCCCCACCCCUCCACAAGAGUAAUGUCUCUGCCAUGGAGGAGCUAGUGGAGAAGGUGACAGGGAAAAUAACUGUGAAUAAAGAAGAGAAGGCUGUGGAAAAAUGUAAGCCCGUCCUGAUAAAACCCUUAUCUCUGACCUCUAAAGAGAACAAGGACUUGCCUAAGCCUGACGACCACAGCAGCAAGCCAACAAAAAAGAACAACAUCGCAGAGGCAGAGCCCCCAAAGGCACAUAAAGAGGGCCAGCUGGAUAAUCACAUCAAAAAUGGCACUAAGGCCCUGAAAUCCCCAGUCAGUAAUGGUUGUAACAGUUUUGCAAUCAUUACAGACCAUUCACCAGAGCAGCCUUUUGUGAAUCCCCUAAGCGCAUUGCAAUCUAUUAUGAACACCCAUUUAGGUAAAGCAGCAAAACCAGUAAGCCCCACCUUGGAUCCCUUGGCUAUGUUGUACAAAAUUAGCAAUAGCGUGUUAGAGAAGCCCAUCUAUCCCACAACUCAGGUCAAGCAAGCCGAUCCCAUCAACAGGUACUACUAUGAAAGUAAUGACCAGCCGAUCGACUUGACAAAAUCCAAGAACAACAACAGUAACAACAUCAACAGUAGCAGUAGGCCCAUUAUUUCCAGCCUGUCAGAAUCAAUUUCAUCCCCUCUGAGGGAGAAUGCACUGAUGGACAUUUCAGACAUGGUGAAAAACCUCACCGGACGCUUGACGCCAAAGUCGUCCACACCGUCAUCUGUAUCGGAAAAGUCUGACGCUGAUGGGAGCAACUUUGAGGAUGCCUUAGAGGAGCUUUCCCCCGUCCAAAAACGGAAGGGCCGGCAGUCGAACUGGAACCCACAGCAUCUCCUCAUUCUUCAGGCCCAGUUUGCCUCUAGCCUGAGGGAGACCCCAGAGGGCAAAUACGUAAUGACAGACCUGGGCCCACAGGAGCGGGUCCACAUCUGCAAGUUUACUGGUCUCUCCAUGACCACCAUCAGCCAUUGGUUGGCCAACGUAAAGUAUCAGUUGAGGAGGACAGGUGGAACCAAAUUCAUAAAGAAUAUAGACUCAGGUCACCCAAUCUUCCUCUGCAACGAUUGUGCCUCUCAGUUCAGGACUCCUUCCACCUAUAUUAACCACUUAGAGUCUCACUUAGGCUUCAGCUUGAAGGACCUCUCCAAACUGUCGUUGGACCAUACCCGGGAGCAGCAGACUGUUUCAAAGGUCAUAACUGAAAAGACGCUUGGCUCACAUGGGUUUUCUGAAGAGGAUUCAGGCUCUUUAUUCCAGUGUAAGCUGUGCAACCGGACUUUCGCCAGUAAGCAUGCAGUCAAACUGCACCUCAGCAAAACACAUGGCAAGUCACCCGAGGACCAUCUGGUGUAUGUAAAUGAACUGGAUAAAUUUGAAAAAAAGUAGAGUCCAGGUGAGCAGCUGUGAAACUAACCAUAAAAUCAUUGCACUAAAUUUAAUCACAGUACUGCACUAGGCCUGAACUGAACCUUCGAAAUCAGUCUUACUUAUGUUGCAAAACUGCCUAACUGGACCAUGUUUUAUUUUAGUCUUUUGUCUCUUUUUUACACUUAUUUUGUAAUGUAUUUAUAUGCUAUUUGUUUGACCUGUGCAUGUCUUUUUGUGAAUCAAGUUGACCUUUGUUUUCUUUCUAGUCUUGUUCUAAAUCUACAGUUUCUAUGUAGACUGCAAUAGUGACCAUAAAAUUAAAGCUAUGUAAAUUUAUAAUAUGAAGAAAAAAGAAAAAAAAAAUACAAGUUCAAAUUAAAAGUUAGAUGAGCCCUUGGAAGACUGAAGUAGAAUUGUUCUGCACCUUACUAUGUAAAAGGUUAUUUUAUAGAGAAUACAAGUCUUUUCUGUGCAUUGUGCAAAUUCACAUUAAUUAAUGACUAACAUUUCAUUUUUACUUUAAAUUGUUCAGUGGUGUUCUAGGCAAAUUGCAAUGUUUUAAAAGGGUCGCCAGUUCUGAAGGUAUUUGCAAGUCACCUUUGUACAUAAAUGUAUGUAAAUUAAAAUAUCCUCAAAAAUUGAAUAAAUGCAUUUUCAGCUUUGGGCAAAAAAAAAAAAAAAAAAUGUAAGUAAUAGUAUGCAAGUUUUUUUUUGUUUUGUUUUUAAAAUGUUAAGAUGCCAUUUCUUUUCACUGUAAAAUUGAAUAGUUUAUAGUAAUUUACAAAUAUAAGCUUUGGUACAAGUUUAUCUUUCUGUAGUGCGCUGCUUUAAUAAUUUCAAUCCAUAAUGCAAAACAUUUAAUUACAUGUAAAUGAUCAGCAACAAUGUAAAAAACUACAUUAGACAUAUCUUGCCAUUUGUAAACUGUUUAACUUUGUUUGUACUUUAAAGCUGUAUGCAUUCUUUAAAAUUUUUAUAUUGUCAUUUUAUAUUAAACAAAACUAAAACAAAUGAUGUGUAUAUACUGUAGAGCCGUAAGUUUUUUGAAUAAAAUGUUGUUCCUGCAGCUUGGUUUACAAUGAUAAUUUUAACGUUCUGUGCAUCUGUUUGGAUGCAUGUACUUGUGUGAAAAAGCAAGCAAUGCACAAUGAAUUAUACAUUUCAAUGUUGUUUCAUUAAUUAUGUUAAAAAAAAAAAAAAAAUUGGCUCGAACAAAUAAACUCAAUGUUUGUUUUUGUUUUUCUCAGCUGUAAAAUAAACCCCAAAGCAGUUCUUGGUUAACAUGGA